CCACUGACUGGCAUAACACGCUUCUUCACUGAUCGGUACACGUCGUACAUUUAUCUGUUCUUACAUUAUUUCCUUGGAUAUUUAAAUACGGAUUAUUACGUAUCUGUUCGCAAGAUGACUUUACCAGACAACAUCGAAUGUGCCACUGAGCAAUCUACAAGAAGGCCAACUGACAUUGGAAUGGCUUUGAGAGAGGUGCUGGUCAAGGCUUUGGCUAAUAAUCGUCUGACUAGCGGGGUAUUCUCCUGUGUGACACUCCUCAACACCCAACCCGAAGACGUGUCCGUCUGUGUCCUUCCAGAUGUAGGACCACAAAUGGACGUCACCAUCAACAUCCAGCACAAACUGUUAGAAGCCUACUGUUGGGAGAAUGACAUCCCCGUCCUCCGUGUGGAUAGUGGAGACAAACUUAGCGCUAUUCUCAAGUCUACUGCCGCAAACAACAACGCCUCCGAGAUGUCGGAUACCAGCUGUGUUCUUGUACAGAAUCCUGUCACAUCUACAAAAGAUGAUGCCCUGAUCAACAAGUUCUAUAACGACGUCAUGGCUAGCGACAUCUAUCCACGCCCAAUCAUCCAGCUUCCUGUCUGACCUGUACCUGGUCAGUUACUUUGACAACUGCUCAGGAAGCCCAUCCUGAGAAAGAUCAAAACUCAUGGUCAUCUUGACUAGCCGAGUAUCAUCUGAUCAACGACCCUGCGUUCGGCCCAGAGUUAGCCCCGUGCUUGACCAUCGCGUCUUCACGGGCAUUCUGGGGUCAGAUAACGUCACCCCCACGUGUAACGCGGCCAACUGUGGCCAGAUCUGGAACUGCCAGGAACACGUGGAGUUGUCUGGCUCCGUCGCGGACAAAGGGAAGGAACUUGAAGUGUGCUGGAUCACAUGGAAAGGAUACCACAUCACAAUGCUGAUUUAAGCUGAUAAUCACAAUCUCGACUACCGUUUUGUGUUAACGGAAUAAUUUCAUUGUCACAUGAUCCUAUAGACAGCUGUCGUGUUUGAGAGCAGCCAAACAUAAAAAGACGUUGUCGUUAGCCGUGGACUAUUGUCAUCCAAAUUGCCCCCAACAUUUGAAUAUGUUGAUUGGACGAUAAACUUCCGUUAUAUGAACAUUGAUAUGUGUGCAUGGCAACAGCUUGUAUAAAGACAAUUGAAAUGCUGAGCAAGCAUCUCGCUACAUACCAGAUGUCUUGUGUUAGUAGAGAGACAUAGUGGAUAUGAACUUUGACAUUCAGAGCCAAUGCAUAUCUCAUUUAAUAUACUUAAACAGGUAUGAUUAAUAUAUGAUGAAUAAAAUGACUUUAAUUCAA